AUGGCAGAAGUUUCACCACAAUUAUUCAAAAUCGCUAACCUCGUGAUAGGUUCAUUGGCCACGGUCUCAGCGUUGACUCAAUUUUCCUACAUUUUUGGAAACUUCACCGCUUUUUUGAUGUCCUUUUAUGCUUUGGCAUUAUCAGUCCCAGUUGUUUAUCUCGAAUUCAGGGUUCCGCCUAACCUCUAUAGAUUUGCGUCCUUCUAUUUCAGCUUUAUUGGCAGAGGGUUGACAUACAUCUUGCUCUCACUCUUGUUGAGUUUUGGCGGAGUCUUUAAGGUACUGGUGGCAGCUCUACUCUUCAUAUUUGGUGUACUUUUCGUGGUAUUGGAAUUUAUCCCCAGCAUUCAGGAACCAGAAAACUUCAGACCAGAAGGUAACUCAAUUGCUGUCGGUGAGGACGAAGACGAUAUCAUUUAG